AGCUUAGUCGAUUAUCUCACUGAUGGACUCAAUUUUCUAUGGAGAUGAUGCCUCUCAUGAUCAUGGUGGAUGUUGUGCGAAUCGAGAGCGAGCUGAAAAGGCGAGGCAGGCCAAGCUGAGGGCGGAUCUAGAAGCAGCUAAUGCCCAAUUACAUGUCCCUGGUCAGGACGGUCAGGCGUUCACUACUAGAUUGACGAUCCAUACGGCGGUAGAGAAAUCAUUGAGGAGCCCUGAUGGUACUGGUCUGUCCAGGCCAGAAGGAGAUUUCCACCAGUCAUCACCUUCUGAUGAAGCUGAUGAUGGCGCAACUUCGCUGACUGCAGAGCGGCUUGUGUCUCUGAAGGUGCCUCUGGUGAACUUCAGCAGAGUUGCUCGAAUGACUGUCGGUGGAGAAAACGGUGGGAAACCCGUCCUGGUGUGCCUUUCACCGUGCACGGGCAGCGAGGAACCUCAAAAUCAACCAUGGAUCAAGGUGUUCCGUCAUGCCGCUGCCGAUAUAGCGUCUAAGGUCUGUUCUGCAGCUUGCAUCGUUUGCCUCCCCAACAACCCUACUGCUACCUGUGGUGACUCUGAGUGUCCAUGGAGACUGGAUCUACCCUCCAACACACCGCAGGAAGAACGGGCUAAAUUCAAUUUCGCAACGCAGUGUCUUCUGCCGAUGAUGAUGUUCGGCACAGACCCUGUGGUCGUCGCAUGGCGUGGGAAUGGUAUCAGUGGAAUGAUAUGCGGUAAAGAGAAGCUCUCAGAUCCUGCUGCUGUCAAUCCUGAGACUUUAUCUAACAUAACUGGCAUUUCUAAUACACCCGAUGUAUAAGGAACUGUUUC